AUGAUUUCACAACAGGGACCACUGCGUCAUUCUUUCGAUAACACCGUUCAGCCUAUCGAAACUACUCAAACUGCAAUCAUCUGCCAAGAAGGACAUGUAACUACGUUUGGAAUGUGCUCAUCUCGUUUCGAUCGUUGUCAGAACAACUCGAUUCGUUCAAAACAAUGUCCGGUCAACACUCUUUUUGAGUCAUCAUUAGUUUUGUGCGUUUUUGAUCUUCCACAAUGUCAGCCUAUCACUGUUCCUUAUACUCCAACAUACAACUUCUACGGAGGAGCUCCUUCGGAUACAAUUGUUAGUCCUUUUGAUGAGAACGUUCGUUUGAAGCCGAAGUUUAAUAGACGACCCAUCUAUAAUCACGGACCAGUCGGACGCCCGAUCUAUGGAAAUCAACAAAUGGAGAAUCCAUGCUUCAUUCCGCGACAUCGUCCAUAUGGAGGAGACCGUCACCGAAGCUAUCGUUGUCGUCACAGUGGACAAGACCGUCACUCAAAGAAACAAUUAGGACGACCACGGGAAGACCCUGAUGGGUACAAAGAUGACAAAUCUUUCGAUGCCAAAGAUUUGUUUGGUGCGACAAGAAGAAAGCGUUACUAUGGAUCACCACAAUCUGGCUAUGGACAACACACCUCUCAAAUUAGUUCUCGACAAGCUCAAGUCGGCGCAGUUCUAAUUCCAGUUGUUUUUUCUCAAUUAAGAACUGCGCCGCUUGCAGUUUAA